AUGCGAAUGAAACCAAUCCAGCUUCCAGAGCCGCCCAGUCCCACGGCGGCGCGUGGCACUCCGGACAUCUUUGAAUCCGGCGUCCACACCAUCGUCCGCCGCGCCGUCGUCAUCGGCAACGGCUUCCGCUCCUCCGAGAAUCACAGCAUCGGUUUACUCCGCGCCCUUGGCCUCUCCCAAAACCACCUCCUAUACCGCGUUACGAGGCCGAGAGGUGGAAUCGACGAUUGGCUCCAAUGGCUUCCCCUCUCUCUCCAUCAAAAAUUUUAUUUCCUAUUUUCCUUGUUCCGCACCUUCUCCUCCAAAUCUCAGUACCUUCCUAUCACUUCGCACCCUCACGGAUUGUCCUCUAUUCUCGAAGCUGAUGCCAAAAACAUAGUCAAUUUGGCUCGUGAAACUUACGAAAAGGAAGGACCGUUAUUGGUGGUGGCAUCUGGAAGAGACACGAUUUCUGUUGCGAGUUCCAUAAAACGUUUAGCUCCUGACCUUGUUUUUGUUGUUCAGAUACAACAUCCAAGGUCUCAAUUGAAUAGGUUUGACAUGGUGAUUACUCCUCAUCAUGAUUAUUAUCCUCUGACUCCAGAAGGACAGAAGCAGGUUCCUAAGUUUCUUAGAAGCUGGAUAACUCCACGUGAGCCACCAGAUAGUCAUGUGGUUCUGACAUUGGGAGCCUUACAUCGAAUAGAUUUUGCUUCACUUCGCAGUGCUGCCAUUACAUGGCAAGAUGUGUUUGCACAUGCUCCGAGGCCAUUGCUCGUGGUCAACAUUGGAGGACCAACAAAAAACUGUCGAUAUGGUGUCGACCUGGCAAAGCAGUUGGCGACAUCUUUGCUCAGUGUUCUUGGUAGUUGUGGGAGUGUAAGAAUAUCCUUUUCAGAGAGGACUCCACAAAAGAUAUCCAAUAUUAUAGUGAAAGAACUUGGAAAUAAUCCUAAAGUUUUUAUUUGGGAUGGGCAAGAACCAAACCCACAUAUGGGGCAUCUGGCUUGGGCGGAUGCAUUUGUUGUCACUGCAGAUUCAGUUAGCAUGAUAAGUGAAGCUUGCAGCACUGGGAAGCCUGUGUAUAUUAUGGGAGCUGAGCGUUGCAAAUGGAAAUUCACAGAAUUCCAUAAAUCAUUGAGAGAACGCGGAGUUGUUAGGCCUUUUACUGGGUCCGAGGAUAUAUCAGAAAAUUGGAGUUAUCCACCGCUUGAUGACACUGCUGAUGCAGCUAAACGGGUUCAUGAAGCGCUUGCUGCCCGAGGAUGGAAACUGAAGAUAUAG